GCGACCGCCUUUUCCUUGCAGGAGGGAAACUUCUCCCAGCAACUUUUUUUUUUUUUUUUGUGUGUGUGUGUGUGUGUGAGUGUGUGCGUGGUGCGUGUGUGUGUGUGUGUCUCCCUUUUGGGUACCGCUGGCUGCCGCUGCCUCCUUUUCCUCCAGCCCCUGUCUAUUUAUGUGUGUAUCUAUCCCUCCUCAAGUCACUCCCUGCUGCAAACUUCCCCGGAUCGUCUCCCGCGCACCAGAGAGAGACGGGCAGAGAUUGGGUCGGGGACUCUCGUCGCAGCAGCAUGUUUCAGCCCACACCCAAGCGGUGUUUCACCAUCGAGUCGCUGGUGGCCAAAGACAGCCCCUUGCCCGCGUCUCGCUCCGAGGAUCCUAUCCGGCCGGCGGCGCUCAGCUAUGCCAAUUCCAGCCCGAUGAACCCUUUUCUCAACGGCUUCCACUCCACUGGCAGGGGGGUCUACUCCAACCCGGACUUGGUCUUUGCAGAGGCCGUCUCCCACCCGCCGAACCCGGCCGUGCCGGUCCAUCCCGUGCCCCCUCCUCACGCCUUGGCCGCCCACCCGCUGCCUGCUUCGCACUCCACGCACCCGCUCUUCGCCUCGCAGCAAAGGGACCCCUCCACCUUCUACCCGUGGCUAAUACACCGCUACCGGUAUCUGGGCCACAGGUUCCAAGGGAAUGAAACCAGUCCGGAGAGCUUCCUAUUGCACAAUGCACUGGCCAGGAAACCCAAAAGGAUCCGUACAGCUUUCUCCCCAUCUCAAUUACUGAGACUGGAACAUGCCUUUGAGAAGAACCAUUAUGUAGUAGGAGCGGAGAGAAAACAGCUGGCACACAGCCUCAGCCUCACGGAAACUCAGGUAAAAGUAUGGUUUCAGAACAGACGGACAAAGUUCAAGCGGCAAAAGUUGGAAGAGGAAGGUUCAGACUCACAACAGAAGAAAAAAGGGACUCAUCACAUUAACCGGUGGAGAAUCGCCACCAAACAAGCCAGUCCAGAGGAAAUCGACGUCACGUCGGACGAUUAAAAACUGGCACUUUUGGACUUUUCAAAGCCAGCACCUCACCAACCGAAAGUGUUAAAGGCUCACCCCCCCACCCCCGCGGAGUGGCGGUGCGGGGAAGGACACGGAGAUCUUCAUCCAAACACGAUUCCCGCCUGGGAGGGAGCUGGGAGCGAGCGAGGGCCAGCCAGCGAGGGGUCCGAACUGUGGCACUGCCGGCACCGCUCUGGCACAGGGGAUCUGUCAAUCAAAGCCAAAACACCGGGAUGAGGUGAUUGACAGGUAUUCCGUUUAUCGCAGUCCACUUUUAAAAGCAUAACGUAAAAAAAAAAAAAGUUAAAAAAUAUAUAGAAAAAAAUCUUAAAAAGAAAAAAAAAUAUAGAAGCAAAAAAAGCCCCCAACCAAACCAGAAAAAUUAACACCUUACGGGACAUUUUGCACUUCACGGUUUUUUUCCGUCUUUGAAAGAGAAAUUUCAAUAAGCAGCCAAA